AUGGCUACCGAAACCGCUGCAAAGAAGCUCAAAACCGAGGGACCCCUCAUCGGCACUCACAAUGGACACUUCCAUGCCGAUGAAGCUCUAGCAGUCUACAUGCUACGUCUCCUCCCCGAAUACCACGCCUCACCCCUCGUACGAACACGCGACCCCGAGCAACUCGCCCAAUGCCACACCGUCGUCGACGUUGGCGGCGAAUACGAUGCCUCCAAAAACCGAUAUGAUCACCACCAACGCACAUUCAACACUACUUUCCCUAACCACAGCACAAAACUGUCGUCUGCGGGACUGGUGUUUAUGCACUUUGGUCGUGCGAUCAUUGCACAACAUACAUCUCUGCCACUAGACCAUCCAGAUGUGGAAUUGCUUUACGAGAAGCUGUACACGGAUUUCGUGGAGGCACUGGACGCACACGACAACGGUAUCAGCGCAUAUGACCCGGCAGCCGUGAGCAAGGCCGGACUCGAGAAACGCUUCAAGGAUGGUGCUAUCAACCUGGGUUCUCUGGUCGGUGACUUGAACUACCCAGACCCAGUCAUUGCAGGCGGCGAGCCUCAGGAUGAGGACAGUCUCUUUGCGCGCGCGAGCACAUUCAUUGGUGAUGUCUUUCUACGAAAGCUUCGUCUAGCCGCUUCUUCGUGGCUUCCUGCCCGCGCCACUGUGGGCGAGGCAUACCGUAACCGCAGGGAAAUCCACCCCAGCGGACGGAUAGUCAUGCUUUCGGGCGGCGGCGUACCAUGGAAAGAGCAUCUGUACAACUUUGAGUCUGAAACGCAGGCCGGAGAGGCCGAAGAAGUAUACUAUGUGCUUUACCCCGAAAACUCCGCUCCAGAUGCCAAGUGGCGGGUACAGUGCGUCCCGGAGUCUGAAGGUAGCUUCAUCUCUAGGAAACCCUUGCCAGACACCUGGCGCGGUGUCCGCGAUCAGGAUCUCGACGGCGUGAUUGCUGUUGAGUCGCAAAAGGCUGGUAAGGAGGGAAUUCCCGCGGGAGCAAUCUUUACGCAUGCCAGUGGAUUUAUUGGUGGUCACUCGACCAAGGAGGGCGCCCUUGCUAUGGCUUUGAGGAGUUUGGAGAUGUAG